AUAGAGCAAAAAAUAUGGGAGCGUUUGGCCGCCGAUGUUAUUUAAAUUCCGCAGUCACUUGAAAACUAGUCAUAGUCGCAUUUCAGACGUAGACAUGAGGCAGGUUAUAGUUUUAUUUUUGCUGAUCGGUAUCGGCUAUUCCGAAGCCAAGUUGAAUCGCGUGCAGCUGCAUGCGAACAAGAACUUCACCAAGACCCAUGGCAAUGUGAGGGCGGAAAAGACCUUGCUGGCCGGCAAGUACUCCUUUUUGGAGGAGAUCUCCACCACCAGUUCUAGCUCAUCGGGCGCCACCGAGAACCUUCAGAACUCCCUGAACGCUGAGUACUACGGAGUAAUCGCAAUCGGAACCCCAGGGCAGAGGUUCAACAUCCUCUUCGACACGGGAUCGUCCAACCUGUGGGUGCCCAGUUCCCAGUGCCCGAAAUCGAAUAAGGCCUGCCAGAGGCACAACAAGUACAACUCGGCGGCUUCCAGCACCUACGUGGCGAAUGGUCAGUCGUUUGCCAUCCAAUACGGAUCUGGUAGUCUGUCGGGAUUCCUUUCGACCGAUACGGUUACCGUUGCGGGCAUUACCAUUCAGGAUCAGACUUUCGGCGAAGCACUCUAUGAGCCGGGAACCACCUUCGUGGAUGCUCCCUUUGCGGGCAUCCUUGGAAUGGCCUUCGCCUCGAUCUCCGAGGACGGAGUGACUCCGCCGUUCGACAACAUGAUUUCCCAGGGCCUGCUCGACCAGCCCGUCGCCUCGUUCUACCUCAAGCGAGAUGGCACCGCAGCCCGCGGUGGAGAACUGAUCCUGGGAGGCAUCGAUUCGAGCCUCUACAAGGGCAGCCUCACCUACGUCCCCGUUUCGGUUCCGGCCUACUGGCAGUUCAAGGUCAAUACGAUCAAGACCAAUGGCGUUGUGCUGUGCAACGGAUGCCAGGCCAUCGCCGAUACCGGAACCUCCCUAAUCGUGGUCCCCCAGACGGCCUACACAAGGAUCAACCGCCAGUUGGGCGCCUCGGAUAAUGGCGGUGGUGAGGCGUUCGUAAGGUGCGGCCGGAUCGCAUCCCUGCCCAAUGUCAACCUCAACAUUGGCGGCACCAUCUUCACCCUGGCACCCAAGGAUUACAUCAUCAAGGUGACCCAGAACGGUGUUACCUACUGCAUGUCCGCCUUUACCUACAUGUCCGACAUCUCCUUCUGGAUUCUGGGUGAUGUCUUCAUUGGCAAGUUCUACACGGUGUUCGACAAGGGCAACAACCGUAUUGGCUUUGCCAGAGUGGCAGACUAUUAGCCGACUGUUUUCGAAUUC